AUGCAAGUCUGUCCUUAGGAUGAAGCUUUAACUGAACUGAAGGAAGGAGAAACAGCCCUGAAUUCUGGGAGGUCUGUCAGUCUUUUGGGCCUGCGGAGCUGAGGGGAGGGAGGCCAGCAAACUACUUCUGAUCUCAGCAGGUCCUGCUCGGCUUGCAGCCUUGGCCGAACUUGGGAGCCUGAGCUGAAGAGUCUCACUCGCCAGGACGUGCACGCACCCCACUUGGGCAAGUCAGCUCUGCAUCCUGGAUCAGGGAAUCAGCCCAGCUGCACCAUGAGCCGCGUUCGCGAUGCUGGUUGUGUAGCCGCAGGGAUAGUGAUCGGGGCUGGUGCCUGGUACUGCGUGUACAAAUACGCCGGGGGAAGAGCCCAAACGAAAAAGAGACUGACCAAGCCGAAGACCAGGGCAGGGGCAGUGGCUGGGACAGGAGCCAGAGCUAGAGCUGGGUUAAGGGCUGGAUUCACAAUUGACCUUGGGCCCGAAUUCAGUCCUCCCGCUCCAGUCCAGGCUGGGGCGGAAAACAGGGCCCAGAAUGAAGCCUCUGCUCUGGACACGGCCGGAGCUAAGGCAGUGGUCCCAGCUGCAGCCAGUGCUGACGGUCAGAGUGGGGAAGGAAGUCAGGCCAAGGAGCCUGAUGGGGUAGGGGUUGAGACUAAGGCCGAAUCUGUAGUAGCGGCUGCAGAGGCUUCUGCAAUGGCAGCAUCCCUCGGGGCAGAGGCUACUGGGGCUGCAGAGACCACCGCAAUGUCAGAGGCUCCCAAAGUGGCAGAAGUCCCCGGGGCAGUGCCUCUGGGGACAGAAGAAGCUCCAGAAGUAACAGAGGCUCCAGGGGCUGUAGCUCCUACCCAGGCUGUGGAGGCUCGUGGCGCUGCAGGGCAUACUCGGGCAGCAGAAGCUCCCCAGGUGGUGGUUCCUACCGGUGCUGCAGAGGCUCCUGGGACAUCAGGGUCCUCUAGAACAGCAGCAGUUCCUGGAACAGCAGCUGUCAAGAGAGCUACUCCUGGGGCUCACACUGGGGCUAUACCUAAGUCUGGGUCAUCAACUGGAGCUGUACCCAAAGGUGGGGCCAAGGGUGGAACCAAGGCCCGAACUGGAGGCAAGGGUAAGGGCAAGAAAAGCAAAGUUGAAGUAGAUGAAUUGGGGAUAGGCUUCCGCCCUGGGGAUGGGGCUGCAGUAGCUGCUGCAGCCUCUGCUAAUGGGGGACAAGCUUUCCUAGCAGAGGUUCCUGAUUCUGAGGAAGGGGAGUCCAGGUGGACUGACACAGAGUCCGAUUCAGACUCUGAGCCUGAGACUCAGCACAGAGGGAAAGGUAAAAGAACCAUUCCCAUGCAGAAGCGCCCCUUUCCUUAUGAAAUUGAUGAGAUUCUGGGUGCCCGUGACCUCAGGAAAGUCCUUACCUUGCUUCAGAAGUCUGAUGAUCCUUUCGUCCAACAGGUAGCUUUGCUCACCCUGAGCAACAAUGCCAAUUAUUCAUGCAACCAAGACACAAUUCGCAAAUUGGGAGGCCUCCCGAUUAUUGCAAACAUGAUCAACAAAACUGAUCCCCACAUUAAGGAAAAAGCCUUAAUGGCCCUGAAUAACCUGAGUGAGAAUUAUGAAAAUCAGGGUCGUCUUCAGGUAUACAUGAAUAAAGUGAUGGAUGAUGUCAUGGCCUCUAACCUGAAUUCAGCAGUACAGGUAGUUGGACUAAAAUUUUUAACAAACAUGACUAUUACUAAUGACUACCAGCACCUGCUUGUUAAUUCCAUUGCAAACUUUUUCCGUUUGUUAUCUCAGGGAGGUGGAAAAAUCAAGGUUGAGAUUUUGAAAAUACUUUCAAAUUUUGCUGAAAAUCCAGAUAUGUUAAAAAAACUGCUCAGUACCCAAGUGCCGGCAUCAUUUAGUUCCCUCUAUAAUUCUUAUGUGGAAUCAGAAAUUCUUAUUAAUGCCCUUACUCUAUUUGAGAUCAUCUAUGACAAUCUCAGAGCAGAAGUAUUCAACUACAGAGAAUUCAAUAAAGGUUCCCUUUUUUUCUUAUGCACUGCAUCUGGAAUAUGUGUUAAGAAAAUUCGAGCCUUAGCAAAUCACCAUGACCUCCUGGUGAAAGUGAAAGUUAUAAAACUAGUGGACAAAUUCUGAUUGCCUAUCUAUGUGCCCCCAAAGAGCUUGAAGAAAUUUGGUUCUGCAGUCUGGAAGCAUUGAAAAUUGAAAGUUACUGCUUUUCCACUUUGCUCAUAUAGUAAAGGAAUCCUUUCAGCUGCCGGUUUUGAAUAAUGUAUCAUCCAGAAUGAUGUUAAUCGGUGAGUCUCCAGCUUUCAGCUGAACCAUUUUAUGAAUACCAAAUAGUCAUCUUGUACUGAAAACACAUUUGUGACUUUAAUCAUGCUGCUUGGAUGGGAAUACUUUUACUGGUUCCUCUAUGUGAAUUGAAAGUGAACAUGUCCAUCAUGAAUAGCCUACAUUUCUAUCAUUUGUUUUGACUUGAAUUUAUGCACCAAAGACUUCAUUUGUGUAUCAUCAAUAAAGUUAUAUGUUUCAACUGAAAAA